AACUUGUCAGGAACAGUAUCACCGAUCAUUAUCCCCUUAAAAGAAAUCGAAUAGUCGGGCUCAUUCUGUGGCGACACUUUGUGGUCUGUCUCCGGCGUUGAGUUACAUCGGAGGGAAGAGGAGUCGCGACACGUGGAAGAGCGGCGGUGCCGGAGUGAUGUGAACCGGAGAACCUACAAUCUCAACUUCUUUUGUGAUGUUUGAUGGAGUUUGUUGGAAUAUGUUGGAUAGCUAGCCUAAUCACCAUCUUGCUGUGCAAGUCCAAGGGAACUGAAUCUUGUGCUAACGGGGAAAUGCGAGUCAGCCCUGCUUCAGUAAUCAGAUUUGGAUCCAGCAUUAACAUAUCAUGCAUUUUAAAAGGAUCAUCCUGCAAUGAGUGUGCAACCCAACAACUCUGUAUUAUUGAAAACAACGUCAAGCAGCUGGUUGCAAUGCAGAUCUCUGCUAAUGAAGUUACUGUGCACAUACCAAAAUUUGAAAACAAUAAGUCCAGUUUUGCAUGUAAACUGCACUGCAUCACUGAAUAUUUGAUCUGCGGAAUUGAUGUCAAGGCUGGCUAUCCUCCAGAUCCACCCCAAAACCUGACAUGCAUUCAGAAAGGCAGGACUGGUGACAUAACUUGUACCUGGGAACCAGGGCGUGACACAGUUAUCAACACAAAAACUGUUCUGUGGUUCAGAAAUGAGUCACAUAGUUUUGUUGCCUCAGCUACCUCUGCAGAACCAUCAACCGGAAAAUGUACAAGACACAGAAAGACACAUCAAGGCUCAGGUUUUGCUUGUGAAUUUGGUCACAGUUUUGAUCCAUUCUCUACCUAUAUGGCUUGGGUAACUGCCUCAAACCAGCUGGGAAAUCGAUCUUCGGCAGUCAUGAACUUCACUCUGGAUGAGAUUAUGAAACCCAAUCCUCCCAAUAUCAGUCGGAUAGAAUGUAGCAACAGUACUCCCUUGGUUUGCACCGUAUACUGGGAAGAUGGACAGAAUGCAAAGUUGUUUGAAAUCCAGUAUAAAAUUGCAAACAGCAGCAAGGGGGGAAAGGAAACCCUGGGCAAUGCGACAAGUUACAAAGUGUCUGGUUUGGAGCAUUAUGUGGAUUACACGUUCCUGAUUCGUUCUAAGUUACAUCAUACCCGAGGCCUGUGGAGUAAUUGGAGCUCUUCAUUUGUCACCAAGACUCCAGAGGCAGCACCUAUUGGACAUCUGGAUGCCUGGUACACCAUAGACUCAUCAGAUCCAAGCAACCCAAGAGCCACUCUCUUGUGGAAGCCUCUCAAGGUAAUUGAAAUCAGAGGAAGAGUCCGGGGUUAUAAUGUAACCCUAAGGGAAAGUACGAAGAAUAACGCCACCAUAUGGACGAGGGAGACUAAAAACACAUGGUAUACCGUGGGCAUUCCCAGCACAGGCUGCGUCAUCACCGUGUCUGCCUACAACUCCAGGGGCAGCUCUCCACCAUCUGAACUCCGCCUGUCAUCUCUCAGAGAUCUUCCUCCAGCAAGAAACAUUUCCACUAUGUAUACCAAGAAUAACUUGCUCUUAGUUGAGUGGACGGAACCAGUAAAAACACCAAUGGCAGUCCAAGGAUAUGUGGUCGAGUGGACGGAAGUAAAUGGCAAGCUCAAUCAAAAUAUAAAUUGGAUUAAACUUCCUCCUCAGAACCAUUCAGCAAGAUUAACAGAAAAUAUAAAACCCAAGACAUGCUUUCAGAUCUCCGUCUAUGCAGUUUACAAAAAUGGAACAGGAAAACCACUUUCAACUCGGAAGUACACAGCCCAAGAAGCAUCUCCACAGUCAGGGCCUUCUGUCUUCACUAAAUACGAGACUGCAGAAAUCUUCUGGAAUGAUAUUCCAAAGGACCAAACAGCGGGCUGCAUUGAUAGCUAUACCAUCUACAUCAAGAAAGAAGAUUCAGAGUUGCCUCCUGCAAUUUAUAAGGGCAUUGAUCCAACUAGCAGAAGUUACACAAUACCAGACCUGAAACCAGGAGCACGAUAUAUUGUAUGGAUGACAGCCAUAACUAAAACUGGAGAAGGAAAGAGUGGAAUGCCUCACAAAUUUUACUUGCAUUACAAAAGUACAGACCUGCACCCCAACAGCAAGUCCAUCAUCAUGGUCGUCGUUGCAGUAACAUUCUCAGUUGCAAUAGUUGUUUCUGGGUUUUGUUUAUGGCAGUCAGUGAGAAGCAGGACUUUGUCUAUUUUAUCAAAACUAACAUCUCAACUGUAUGUUAAAAAGAUUCCUGAUCCAGCUAAUUGUACAUGGGCAAAGGAAUACGCUGCAAUCAAGGGCAAUCUGGAUUUAACUUGUCCUUACUUCCAAGCUGACACGACUUCAGUUUAUGAAGAUCCCGAGACUCUACAAGUGGAGGAAACGUCAUCUGUCCAGGAACUCUGCAAUGGUAUGGAGGCUGUUAAUCAAGAUCAGAGCAGCCAGCUAUCUACAUUCCAUGUUCAGCCCAUGGCUAGUCAGCCACAACAGAGUGAGGAUUUGAGCCAAGAUCUUUCACCAGGGAACAGUCAAGUGGAUAUUCUGGAUUACAAAUGCCAACUCCCUUGUUCAUAUAUCGAAAAGUUGUCCUCUGGGGAAAUUAAUCACCAACUAACAGAUUCAAUAAAUUCUGCAAGAGACCAAAGCAUUGGAUACAUACCUUCCAACUUUAUACAUAUUACAGACAACACUACAGAGACAAGUCAAGAUUUUGUUAACAGCUUUUCAUUCAUGCCUCUUCCAUCACUAUCCAGAAUGGAACUCACUUACGAAGGGAAAUUAACAUUAGAUGUGGUGAGAAUUGACUGUAGUUCAAUUGUAGAAUAA